AUGGUUGACACCCUUUCCAAAGAGCUGGGCCUGAACCGCCCGGCACAACAACACGGUGCUAGCACGAAUCAGCAUCUCCAAGAAGAAGCCCAUCAGUAUGACGAAAAGCAAGAUGAUACGAUGCGAGAUAGAGAAGAUUUCACCCGGGAAAAGCACUAUGAACGACCUCGGAUAUCAACCGACUCUUACGGCCUGCAACGCACAACCUCUGGUGUCAAUGUCGAACAAGCGGAGAAGGACUUCGCGGAGCUGAGCAAAGAAUUGAGCGCAAUCAGCCGCCGAAUUUCACGAACGCACUCGAAGGCCUCCAACGUUAGGGCGAGGGAUGUGGAGAAGGCUAUCAGCUCGUCUGAUGAGAAUUCCGAAGAUACCUUUGACUUGGAAACCACGUUACGCGGUGCGAGGGAGGCAGAUAAUGCUGCAGGCAUCAAACCCAAGUAUAUCGGUGUGAUCUGGGACAACCUCACCGUCCGUGGUAUUGGUGGUGUCAAAAACUUUGUCAAAGUCUUCCCUGACGCUUUCAUCGACUUCUUCAACGUGCCGGGGACGAUUAUGAGCAUUCUCGGGUGGGGCAAGAAGGGUCGCGAAUUCAACAUCUUGCAUGGGUUCCGUGGGGUUGCAAAACCGGGCGAAAUGGUGCUUGUUUUGGGUCGACCUGGUAGCGGCUGUACGACAUUCCUCAAAGUGCUUGCCAAUCAACGAUAUGGCUAUACAGGCAUAGAUGGAGACGUCCUUUACGGCCCCUUUGACGCUGCGACUUUCGAGAAGCUUUACCGCGGCGAGGCCGUCUAUAACCAGGAGGAUGAUGUACAUCAUCCCACCCUGACUGUUGGCCAGACGCUCGGUUUUGCACUCGACACGAAAACGCCUGGCAAACGUCCCCAGGGGCUUAGCAAAGCCGAGUUCAAGGACAGAGUUAUCCGAUUGUUACUCAAAAUGUUCAAUAUCGAGCACACCAUCAACACAAUCGUGGGCAACCCUUUUAUGCGCGGCGUUUCUGGCGGGGAAAGAAAGAGAGUCUCUAUCGCUGAAAUGAUGGUGACUCGAGCCACUGUCUGUUGCUGGGAUAAUAGCACCCGUGGUCUCGAUGCGUCGACUGCCCUCGACUACGCCAAAUCACUUCGAAUCAUGACCAAUAUCUAUAAAACUACCACCUUCGUUUCGCUGUACCAAGCAUCUGAGAACAUCUACAGCCAGUUCGACAAAGUCAUGGUGAUCGACCAAGGUAGACAAGUCUUCUUCGGUCCUGCGAAGGAAGCGAGGGCCUAUUUUGAAGGGCUGGGCUUCCUGGAAAAGCCACGCCAAACAACACCCGACUACCUGACUGGAUGUACCGACGAGUUCGAACGAGAAUACAAGCCGGGAAGGUCUCCUGAAAAUGCGCCUUCGACACCGGACUCCUUUGUGGACGCAUUCAAUAAAUCCACCUUUGCCGAAAAGCUCGAGCAUGAGAUGGCGGGCUAUCGAGAAUCCAUCCAGCAGGAGAAGCAGAUCUAUGACGAUUUCGUGGCGGCACAUCGCGAAGCUAAGCGGAAACAUACACCCAAAAACUCGGUAUACUCGGUUCCAUUCCACUUGCAAAUCUGGGCUUUGAUGCAACGACAGUUCCUGAUCAAAUGGCAAGACAAAUUUUCGCUUACGGUCUCCUGGAUUACGUCUAUUACGAUCGCGAUUGUCGUCGGUACAGUCUGGCUGAAUCAACCCAAAACUUCUGAGGGAGCGUUUACUCGCGGUGGUGUCCUCUUCAUUGCGUUACUUUUCAACGCAUUCCAGGCAUUUUCAGAACUCGCAUCUACUAUGCUCGGGCGGCCGAUUGUGAACAAGCAUCGAGCGUAUACUUUCCACCGGCCCAGCGCUUUAUGGCUUGCACAAAUCAUUGUCGACCUGGCAUUUGCCUCCGUUCAGAUAUUCGUCUUCAGCGUCAUCGUGUACUUCAUGACAGGAUUGGUCCGAACCCCCGGCGCAUUCUUUACGUUUGUGCUCAUCAUUAUCACGGGCUAUCUUUCGAUGACUUUGUUCUUCCGCACGAUUGGUUGUCUAUGUCCGGAUUUCGACUAUGCUAUCAAGUUUGCAGCGGUCAUAAUCACCUUAUUCGUCAUCACUUCUGGCUAUAUCAUUCAGUACCAAAGCCAGCAAGUGUGGUUAAGGUGGAUCUUUUACGUCAAUGCGCUCGGUCUUGGUUUCGCUGCUAUGAUGAUGAAUGAAUUCAAGAGACUGACAAUGCGCUGUACCGACGAGUCGCUAAUACCGUCCGGUCCUGGAUACAAUAAUAUUGACCACCAAGUCUGCACACUCCCUGGUUCUCAAGCAGGAUCGAUCGAGGUAUCAGGGACAGCAUAUGUUAAAAAGGGCUUUUCUUACGACCCAUCGGAUCUCUGGCGUAACUUUGGCAUUAUCAUCGUGUUGAUCGCGCUCUUCCUGUUCACCAACGUCAUGCUAGGAGAAAUGAUCAAGUACGGAGCCGGUGGCCGUACGGUUACUUACUUCGCAAAAGAAAACAAAGAAAGGAAGAUCUUGAAUGAGAAACUGCAAGAACGGAAACGAAGGCGACAAACCAAACAAGAUGCCGAGGACAGCUCAGAGCUCAAUAUCACCUCCAAGGCUGUGCUGACGUGGGAGAAUCUUACCUACGAUGUCCCUACUCCCGCUGGACAACUGCGGCUGCUGAAGGAUGUCUUCGGAUACGUACGUCCCGGGCAGUUGACUGCUUUGAUGGGUGCUAGUGGAGCCGGCAAGACCACUCUACUCGACGUUCUCGCUUCUCGAAAGAAUAUUGGUGUGAUUGGCGGAGAUAUCUUGGUUGACGGUCAAAAGCCAGGCAUUGGAUUUCAGAGAGGAACCUCCUACGCAGAACAACUCGACGUCCACGAAUCUACUCAGACGGUCCGAGAAGCUCUGCGAUUCAGCGCCGACCUUCGCCAACCGUACGAAGUGCCCCAAGAACAAAAGUACGCCUAUGUUGAAGAAGUUCUUUGCCUACUCGAACUCGAAAACCUUGCGGACGCCAUCAUUGGCAGCCCUGAAAGCGGUCUUUCGGUUGAAGAGCGCAAAAGAGUGACCAUUGGCGUCGAACUUGCUGCAAAGCCCCAGUUGUUGCUCUUCCUUGACGAACCCACUUCGGGUCUCGAUUCACAGUCUGCAUUUAACAUUGUCCGCUUCCUCCGCAAGCUCUCUGCCGCCGGACAAGCAAUUCUCUGCACAAUUCACCAGCCGAACAGCGCCUUGUUUGAGAACUUCGACCGGCUUCUGCUGCUACAAAAGGGUGGAGAGACCGUCUACUUCGGAGACAUCGGCAAAGACGCACACGCGCUUCUGGGUUACUUCCACAAAUAUGGCGCAGACUGUCCUCCUGAUGCCAAUCCGGCAGAAUGGAUGCUGGAUGCUAUUGGAGCAGGCAUUGCACCUCGCAUUGGUGAGAAGGACUGGGGCGAUAUUUGGCGCGAAAGUGAGGAACUCGCGACUGUCAAGACCGAGAUCAUCGACAUGAAAGCACGACGUCAACGCGAAGUCGCCGGCGAAUCGAAGUUGGAUGAAAAAGAAUACGCUUCUCCGCUGUGGCAUCAAAUCAAGGUCGUUUCUAACCGAACACACCUGGCAUUCUGGCGCUCACCGAACUAUGGGUUUACGAGGCUGUUCAACCACGUGGCUAUCGCGCUGCUCUCGGGGUUGGCAUUCUUGCAGCUCGACGACAGUCGGUCAAGCUUACAGUACAGAGUCUUCGUCAUCUUUCAAGUCACCAUCAUCCCAGCCCUGAUAUUGGCGCAGGUGGAACCCAUGUACGACUUUUCCCGGCUCAUCUUCUACCGAGAAUCUGCAGCGAAAGCGUACAGCCAAUUUCCAUUUGCCUUUGCCAUGGUCUGCGCCGAGAUGCCCUACAGCCUUUUAUGUACGGUUGGCUUCUUCAUCCCGAUAUACUACCUGCCCGGGUUCAAUAACGACAGUUCGCGAGCGGGCUAUCAAUUCUUCAUGGUGCUGAUCACUGAGUUGUUCUCGGUGACCAUGGGCCAGAUGAUUGCCGCGAUCACGCCGUCGAGCUUCAUCUCCAGUUUGAUCAACCCGUUUAUCGUCAUUACCUUUGCCUUGUUUUGCGGUGUCACCAUCCCCAAGCCACAGAUCCCCGGUUUUUGGCGUGCCUGGCUGUACCAACUUGACCCUUUCACCCGCUUGGUGUCCGGGAUGGUCACCACGGAACUGCACGGCCUACCCGUGGUCUGCAAGUCGUCGGAACUCAACCCGUUCCCUUCACCUCCGGGCCAAGAUUGCGGCGAGUACAUGCGCAACUUCUUCCAACGCGGCGGGGCAGGCUACCUUGCCAGCAAUGUAAGCGAUAUGUGUGAGUACUGCGCUUACAAGAUUGGCGACCAAUUCUACGAGCCGUUGGAGUUGAGCUUCAACCAUCGCUGGCGGGAUCUCGGGAUCUUUGCGGCUUUCAUUGCGAGUAACCUGAUCCUGCUGUUCUUGGGUUCGAGGUACCUGAAUUUCAAUAGAAGAUAG